AUGAUUAGUAGAAAAACACCUCCGAUACAAUUCAUUCCAACAUCAAAUCCAGUUCCAUCACCUCGGAUUUCUCAUCAACAACCAUUGAAGGCAAAUCCGCAACAAAAGGAAGACCUGAAUUCGACUCGAAAUGACACUUCCUCAUCAAAAAAGAAGAACAGUGCAAGACAAAAGAAAAAAUUGUCUUUUGAAAACUCUCAGUCUGUCCUUCUAUCCAAUUCAACUCUUUCAAAUGUUCAAGACACCUCCUUUAAUACAAUGAAUGGAGACGAUUCCUUCUUUAUAACACGAGGACCACAAAUACAAUUUCCAAACGUAAAGAAACAUGGUGGAGGUACCGAAAAGAACAUUACUCCAUCCGAUGUUGACAUAGCACUGGAAAACAAAAAGGCUGAAUUACAAAAAAUUCAGCAACUACUCGAACAAAAACGAAAAGAAUAUGAAGCCAACGAUAUUAAAUGGAAGGAAAAAGAGUUAGAGUUGACCAAAAAGAGAAAUGAGUUGGAUUCUGGUCACAAAGAAAUGAAACAGUUCAAUCAAAUUAAUGAGUCAAAAAUUGACAAGUACUAUCGAAAGGCCAUGGAAGAACAAAAACAAAAUGAAUCAAAAAGGCAACAAAUUCAAGACCUCCAAGCAACAAUCAUUCAUCUCACCAAACAAAAGAAAAAGAAAGAGAGCGAACUCAAAAAAAUUCAUCUCUACCAAAAUUACCUUAAUAUGGUUGCACGAUUCGACAACAACACAUUCGAGGACGACAUGGAUAAGAUUCUGAAACGAUAUGAAAUUUUACACAAUUCAUCAACAGAUUUAGAGAAUCAAAUAGAAACAAAGAAGCAACUCAUCAAACAUGAAACCAAUGAACUCAAAAACUUCCAAAAGCAAGCGCAAAACAAACUCUAUGAACUCAACGUCGAGUUACAACACAAGAGACAAUUAUUGGAAAAGUUAAAGGCAAAGACCUAUAGCCUUGAAUCGGCCUAUUCCCAACAAGAUAUCACCAAUAGAAAAUUCUCACAAUUGUAUUCGCAAGUGGUGAUGAGCAUUAAUAACUUGCACCAGCGCUGUGUCGAAACACGCAAAUUCAAACCAUCUCAACAACCAAAAUUCGUGACAGCAAGCAGAGUUGAAAAGAAUGUGCCUGAAGAAUUUAGACAAUUACAAGCUAUUCAAAACAGAAUUCAAGAAGUGGAAUUUAUCGUCAACGCCAUUAAGAAAGCAAAGGAGUGA